GAUCAGGAGGGAAUGGGCGGCGAGCGGCGGCGCCGCCGCCCAGGGCUGAGCCCGGCGGUGGUGGGCGCCGGAGCGGCGGCGGCGGCGGCGGCGGCGGCGGCGUUGGUGAUUUGGGCGCGGCCUCGCGACCCGACGUUCCACCUGAUCUCCGUGGCGCUGUCGGCGUUCCGGCUGAAUCUCCCGGUGGUGGACGUGGAGCUCACCCUGACCGUCCACGUGACCAACCCCAACGUGGUCCCCAUCCGCUACUCCGCCGCCACCGUGGCCAUUCUCCUCGCCGACGCCGCGCGCCGCAGCAUGGCGCUCGACGCCGCCGUCGACAUCGCCGGCACCGCCCAGCUGCUCUGGUGGGCCCGCCGCUUCGACGUCCACAUCGACAGCCACGUCGUCGUCGACCCCAUCUUCCUCGACGUCAUCGAUCAGCAGAGCCACUCCGAGACCCACCUCCACCUCGCCUCCUCCUCCUCAUCAUCAUGAUCAACCAUCAACGAUCAACGAUCAUCAUCAAUCAUCCAUCAUCAAUCAUCCAAUCCCUCAUCAUCAUCACGAUCCUUCGGUGUGCUUGUAGGUUUUAAUCUCUGUUGUCAUCCAUCUCACAUCUCUUCCUGUGUAAGAGGUAGCCCGUGAAUUUUGCUACAAUGUUUGAUUUCGCAGCUCUGAGAGCACGAGUGUAGCGCAACUUUGGUAGGCCAGAUUUCUUGUCAUGAAACUUAUAUUAAAAUUUUGGGUGCUUCUGUGAACCUAAA